CAGGAAACAUUCAGCAGAGGUUCAACAGCAGAGACUCACCGUCGGUCCUCAGCUCACCUGAACAGUGAUUGUCCCCAACAACCAGACUAACUUCAGUUAAAUCCUGACAAAUCUGCUCUGGCUCUCAGAUAAAAAGAUCCGGCCAUGAGGUGGCGCUCUUCUUCUCACCUUCCACUCCUCCUCCUCCUCCUCUUCAUCGGGAGCGUUUCUGGAUUAAGGAUCUGUUCGUACAAUGUGCAGAAGUUUAACCAAAAAAAAUCUACAAACUACAGAGUGAUGCACACGUUGACACGAAUCGUGUCUCGCUGUGACAUCUGUCUCCUGCAGGACGUGGUUGAUUCGGGCGGUAAAGCCGUCAAAGCUCUGCUGAAUUUUCUCAACAGGGGAACUGACAGGUAUGACGAGCACGCCUACAAGGCCGUGUCCAGUAAGAGUCUGGGAACGUCUCCAAGCGACAUGCAGCAAUACGUUUUCAUCUACAAGAGUGGGAUGGUGUCGGUGACGGGGGAAUAUCAGUACCAGAAGCCCCAGUCUUUUGUCAGACCGCCGUUCGCCGUUUACUUCAACAGCCAGAAAACCACCGAGAUCAAUGACUUCAUCCUGGUUCCUCUCCACUCUGAGCCCAGUCAGGCCGUUCAGGAGAUCGACCGCCUCUACGAUGUCUUCGAGGAAGUCAGCAAGAAGUGGAACAACCAGAACGUGAUGUUUCUGGGAGAUUUUCACGCCGGCUGUGCCUACGUGACCCGAAACGACAGGAAAAACAUCCGACUCUACACAAACUCUAGUUUCUCCUGGCUGAUCGGAGACAGAGUCGACACCACGGUCACGGACAACACCCACUGUCCAUAUGACAGGAUCGUGGUGCAUGGACAGUCCUUCCUGAAGGCCAUCAGACCUUUCUCUGGAAAAGUCUACAACUUCGGCAAAGACUUGAAACUGAGCAGGAGCAAGGUGGUGGAGGUGAGCGACCACUACCCUGUGGAGGUGAGGCUGAAGGGCUCCGGCCUCCUCCUCCAGGCUCCUCCCCUCCUGAUGCUGCUCGGUGUCUCUGUGAUCGUCCAGUCCUUCCUGUCCUCUCUGGGAUCGUCUGGUUGAGUCCUGGUUCAGACCAGCUCGUCCUCUCUGAUGAUGUCACAUGUUUUUAAACAUUGAUCAAAGUCAAACUGAACUGAAUUAUUUAGAUUUUUCUCUUUCACCACGUUUAGUUUACAGUGUGGAGCUGGAACGAACCAGAUUCAUCCUCCAACAUUAAUGAUGGAAGGAUGAUGACAGCAGGGCAGGGAAUUAAACCAACAACCAGCUGAAUGAAAACUAAUAAAUAUAAAUGCUGUAUUUCUUUCUGGUGAAUCAGACAGAAUAACAAAAACAAGAUUAUGACCCUCAGUCAUAACACCGAUCAUUUUCAGGGCUCUACUUUUUUUUCUAAUGUACAGACACUGGUGUAAAUAUUUGGACAUAUGACAAAUGUUAUGUAUGAUUGUGUUUUUUUUUAAAUUCAGUAAAGCUUUUAUGUUGGAAAAUGUG